AGGGCGGCGCUGAACUUGGCUCCAUUCCACAGCUGGGAAUACAGACUCGGGCGAGCAGCUCUCAGGCCCUGGGCCUUUCCGCGCAGCCCAGGCGCGUCUGCGCAGAGCCCGAGAUUCCUGGGCGACGGCGGGCCCCGCACUCACCGCCCGCUCUCGAGCCGCGUUUCACCUUCGUCUGCUGGACGAGCCUGGGCUACCGAGAAUUCCAGGGGCCGCCCUGCCUAGCGUGCCGCCUCGCCCGGAAGCGGAAGCCGCCUCUUGGGCGCAGCCUCCCAUUGGCCUUCGACGCCCUGUGUCCCGCCCCGGCCACGCGCUGAUUGGCCGUACGCGCCAACCGUCGAUAUUUGAAUCGGCGGCGGGCAGCCGGGCUCCCGGACACGGCGCCUCCCGCUCCUUCGGUUCCGCGCAGCGGCCGGCAGAAUGAGUCUGCACGUCUUCAGUGAUGAAAAUGUCACUGGUGACAGAAGUACAGAAAAUUGCGACUUCCUGUUUUCACCACUGGAACUUACCGGAAGAUCAUCUGUCCUCCGGCUGUCCCAGAAAGAAAAUGUGCCGCCCAAGAGCACAGCCAAAGCCACGAAGGUGACUUUUCAGACACCUCUGCGGGAUCCACAGACUCACCGGAUCUUAAGUCCCAGCAUGGGCAGCAAGCUGGACGCUUCUUCAGCUCUAGGGGACACCGUUGGACUAGAAAGCUCUCAUCAAGGCCGGGCCCGGAAAGAGAGCCAACAGCUUACCAAGGAAACAGACACCAGAACCACCGAUGGAAUUCUCCCGAAACCAGCAGUGGCCGAUGCCCAUCCUCCUCCGGGGGACCCGACACCCGCCUCUGAAGAGCAGCACCCCGACAGGCCUCCCGCAACCCCCCUGGCCAGCCCGGAUCCCCCCAGCUCUCCCCAGAUGCCAGAACGUGCUGAGAGCCAAGUGGCGCCCGGCGGACAAGGCUCCUGCAGCCCCGCUCACAGCCCGCAGAGACACAGCCGCCCUCGUCCCUCAGAGGACAGCCUCGCGGCCGCCUCCGCACCACCGCCCCAAGACCGGGCAGAGGAGCCGCUCGGAGCCCCCGGGGAGAAGGGUGUGCCCUCUCCCUCUGCCGGAGCCCGAGGAGAAGAGCCCCUGGUGGACCAGCCGGGCGAGGCCCCGGCAGGCUCCGAGGACACUGCUGGCCGCGAGGACGCUGGCCCUGCUGCGGCCGGAGGGGCCCCGUCCCCCAGUCCUCGGAAGCACGAGGCCGCGGGCCAGACGGCCGACCGUCCGAGGGGUGGGCCCGUGAGGCUGGAAUUUGACUUCUCUGACAGUGCCACCAGCAAAAGGCCACCCCCACUGAGGAAACGGGGGAAGACCCCAGGUCUCCAGCCUCCCUCGAGGAGACCCAAGGCAAAGCAGGGGACGGUCUCCGGGGAGGCGGGCGAGGGUCUGGACGGCAACCCGCUCGGAGGCGAUGGGGAGGCCCGGACCCCGGAGCCCUGCCCGAGCAGGCCGGCCGGGCCCGCGGCCGCAGAGGACACGUCUCCGAGCCGGCAGGUGCCUUCAGCGUCAGUGGAUGACAUGCCAGGGCUGCAGCCCAUGGCGGGGACCCCAGGAGCCACUGGCGAGGAGGGGGCCACAGAUGCCUCGGGCACACCAGCUCCCACCAGCAGCCCUACGCCCCCUGUUCCGUGCAGCCCAGGGCCUGCCCCAGACCUGAGUGGAGAGCAGUUCCGGGACCCCGCCGACGUCCUAGGCACGGGCGCCGAGGUGGACUACCUGGAGCAGUUCGGGGCCUCCUCCUUUAAGGACUCAGCCCUGCGGAAGCAGUCCCUGUACCUCAAGUUCGACCCGCUCCUACAGGACAGCCCUCGGCGACCGGCGCCCACGGGCCCCAAGCCAAGCAGCGCAUGUGGCAUGGACGCCCCUUCCUCGGGAAGCGCCCCGGAAGCCGCACUGCUGGACCUGGACUUCCUAGAAGCACCGGCCCUUCCUGCACUUGGCCCAGCCCCCAGUGACCUGGGGCCCGGGGGCCCGCUGCUGCCCGUGGGGCCCAUCGUGGACGUGCUGCAGUACAGCCAGAGGGACCUGGACGCAGCGGUGGAAGCAACACAGAAGGAGAACGCGGAGCUGAGGAGCAGGUGCACGGAGCUCCAGGAGAAGGUCCUAGAGAUGGGGAAGAUCAUGGACAGGUUUGAGGAGACCGUGUACCAGGCGAUGGAGGAAGCUCAGAAGCAGAAGGAACUCGCCCGAGUUGAGGUCCAGAAGGCGCUCCAAGAGCAGGAGCACGUCAGCGGCGACCUGCGCUCCGUGGAGAAGUCCUUCUCCGAACUCUUCAGGCGCUUCGAGAAGCAGAAGGAAGUGAUCGAAGGCUACCGCACGAACGAGGCGUCGCUGAAGAAGUGCGUGGAGGAGUACAUGGAGCGGCUGGAGAAGGAGGGCCAGCGGUACCAGGCGCUGAAGGCCCACGCGGAGGAGAAGCUGCAGCUGGCCAGCGAGGAGAUGGCCCAGGUGCGGAGCAGGGCCCAGGCCGAGGUCCUGGCGCUGCAGGCCGUCCUGAAGAAGGAGCAGAUGCGCGUCCAGUCGCUGGAGAAGGCCAUGGAGCAGAAGACUAAGGAAAAUGACGAACUGACCAGAAUCUGUGACGACCUCAUUUCCAAGAUGGAGAGGAUCUGACGUGGAAGCCCCGGCCUCGGCCGGCCGCCUGUCUGUCUGUCUGUCGGGGCUUUUCCUCUCUGUUCCCCUCACCUCAUUUUUAGGAAGAAGUCUCAAUAAAGAAAUAAGUCUGA